AGGAAGCCACGAGCUGCGUGAACUGAUUGAGACCGCUGAGAUGGGCUUUUCCUUUAGGAUUGCAUCAGGCGUUGCUGGAUGUGGUUAGAAGGCUGCUAAACCACAAGGAUGCUGGGAUUUGAAGAGCUAUGGUGACAAGCCACUGAGCAUUGCCAAGGAUGGGAGUGGUGAGCAGCAAAAAGCAGGUCAAGGAGAAGAGUAAGGGCCAAUGGAGCCCUAUGAAGGUCAGCACCCACAGCAGAGAGCCCCCACCACUGCCACCCCUGGUCCUGUUUAACCACCUGGCUCCUGCACCUCCCGACACACACCCGGAUCAAGAAGAGCAUUUCGUGGUGGCGCUGUAUGACUACGUGGCAGUGAAUGACCGUGAUCUGCAGAUGCUGAAAGGGGAGAAGCUGCAGAUCCUAAAAGAGUCUGGAGACUGGUGGCUGGCCAAGUCUCUCAUCACGGGAAGAGAAGGCUAUGUGCCCAGCAACUUUGUGGCCCGAGUAGAGACCCUGGAAGUGGAAAAGUGGUUCUUUAGAUCAAUUAGCCGGAAAGAUGCCGAGAGGCAGCUUCUGGCUCCAGUCAACAAGGUGGGCUCCUUUCUCAUCAGAGAGAGCGAAACCAACAAAGGUGCCUUUUCCCUGUCUGUGAAGGACGUGACCACCCAGGGGGAGGUGAUCAAGCACUAUAAGAUCCGCUCCCUGGAUGAAGGGGGCUAUUACGUCUCCCCCCGAAUCACCUUCCCCACACUCCAGGCCUUGGUGCAGCACUACUCUAAGAAAGGGGAUGGCUUAUGCCAGAAGCUGACCCAACCCUGUGUGAGCCUGGCUCCUCAGAACCCCUGGGCCCAGGAUGAAUGGGAAAUCCCCCGGCAGUCUCUCAAGCUGGUCCGGAAACUUGGAUCUGGACAGUUUGGCGAGGUCUGGAUGGGUUAUUACAGAAACAAUGUGAAGGUGGCCAUCAAGACCCUGAAGGAGGGAACCAUGUCUCCGGAGGCCUUCCUGGGCGAGGCCAACCUGAUGAAAACUCUCCAGCAUGAAAGGCUGGUUCGCCUCUACGCCGUAGUCACCAAGGAGCCCAUCUACAUCGUGACCGAGUACAUGGCCAGAGGAUGCUUGCUGGAUUUCCUGAAGACGGAUGAAGGCAGCAGAUUGUCCCUCCCAAGACUGAUCGACAUGUCGGCCCAGAUUGCUGAAGGAAUGGCGUAUAUUGAGAAAAUGAAUUCAAUCCACCGUGACCUCCGGGCGGCCAACAUCCUGGUGUCUGAGACGUUGGGCUGCAAAAUCGGUGACUUUGGCUUGGCCCGGAUCAUCGACAAUGAAUACACCGCCCAAGAGGGGGCCAAGUUCCCCAUCAAGUGGACUGCCCCGGAGGCCAUCCAUUUUGGGGUGUUCACCAUCAAGGCGGACGUGUGGUCAUUUGGCAUCCUCCUGAUGGAAAUCGUCACGUAUGGGCGGGUACCCUACCCAGGAAUGAGCAACCCCGAGGUCAUCCGCAGCCUGGAGCGCGGCUACCGCAUGCCGCGCCCCGACUCCUGCCCGCCCGAGCUGUACCGCGGCGUCAUCGCCGAGUGCUGGCGGAGCCGGCCCGAGGAGCGCCCCACCUUCGAGUUCCUGCAGUCGGUGCUGGAGGACUUCCACACGGCCACGGAGCGGCAGUACGAGCUGCAGCCCUAGCCCGGCGCUCCCACGCAUCCGCGCCGCGGGCUCCGGGUCCCAGGGUCCCAGGGUCCCACACCCGUGGCCCGACCCACAGAAGGGAGGAGGCAGGUUCCCCUCGCGGCUCUGAACCGCACCGGCUGGAAAGGCAGGAGGGGGCUGGCUCGCCCUUUUCUCGCGUGAGGAAGCUAGGGGCGGCCUGGAGGGUGGUCCUCAGCCUGGGCUCCGAGCCGGGCCCCAUUGCAGCCCCACCCUUCUCGGGCUGUGUGUCCUUGGGCAAGUUACUUAGCUUCUCUGUGCCUCCGCCACCUCCUUUGUGCAGCAGGAAGAACUGUUAUAGUACCUACCUCGUAUAUUCCUUGGGUUAACCGGGGAAGAUGCUCAGAACAGUGCCUGGCACGCUCUGUAGUGUUUGUCAUCCUAUAAGGCUCCCCUGUGUGGCGCGGGGGACCGGGAGUGCCGGGCUCCCGCCUGCGCGGACCGCCUCCCCCCUGGGGAUCCCUUGCGCCCACCCCAGAAGCGGAUCUGGGUCCUCCCCGACGUGGGCGCCUUGGCUCUGGGAGGGGAGAGCAC